AUGGCAAAUCCUGAAGUUGUUAUCAGUAGCUGCAGCUCUCAUGAAGAGGAGAAUCGCUGCACUUUCAACCAGCAUACAUCGCCCUCUGUGGAGCUUCUGUUAGAAGACCAAAUGAGGCGAAAACUCAAAUUUUUUUUCAUGAAUCCCUGUGAGAAGUUCUGGGCUCGUGGUAGAAAGCCAUGGAAGCUUGGCAUACAGAUUCUAAAAAUUGCAAUGGUGACUGUACAGCUGGUCUUUUUUGGACUAAGUAACCAGAUGGUUGUAGCUUUCAAGGAAGAGAACACUAUAGCAUUCAAACACCUCUUCUUAAAAGGAUAUGUGGACCGAAUGGAUGACACUUAUGCAGUCUACACGCAAAGUGAUGUAUACGAUCAGAUCAUCUUUGCAGUAAACCAGUACUUGCAGCUACGUAGUAUCUCAGUGGGGAAUCAUGCAUACGAGAACAAGGGUACAGAGCAGUCUGCUAUGGCGAUCUGUCAGCACUUCUACAAGCAAGGAAACAUCUGUCCUGGAAAUGAUACCUUUGACAUUGAUCCAGAGAUGGAGACUGAAUGUUUCUUUGUAGAGCCCAAUGAACCUUUUCACAUUGGAACACUGGAAGAAAAUAAGCUCAACUUAACACUGGACUUUCACAGACUCCUAACAGUGGAGCUGCAGUUUAAACUGAAGGCCAUUAAUCUGCAGACUAUUCGUCAUCACGAGCUCCCUGACUGUUAUGAUUUUACUCUGACUAUAACAUUUGACAACAAGGCCCAUAGUGGAAGAAUUAAGAUAAGUUUAGAUAACGACAUUUCCAUCAGAGAAUGUAAAGACUGGCAUGUAUCGGGAUCAAUUCAGAAGAACACUCACUACAUGAUGAUCUUUGAUGCCUUUGUUAUUCUGACAUGCUUGACUUCGUUAAUCCUGUGCCUUCGAUCUGUGAUUACAGGACUUCAGCUUCAGCAGGAAUUUGUCAAUUUUUUCCUCCUCCAUUACAAGAAGGAAGUUUCUGUUUCUGAUCAAAUGGAAUUCGUCAAUGGAUGGUACAUCAUGAUUAUUAUUAGUGACAUAUUGACAAUUAUUGGGUCAGUUUUGAAAAUGGAAAUCCAAGCUAAGAGUCUAACAAGUUAUGACGUCUGUAGCAUACUUCUUGGGACGUCCACCAUGCUUGUGUGGCUUGGCGUCAUUCGAUACCUCGGUUUCUUUCAGAAGUACAAUCUCCUUAUUCUGACCCUUCAGGCAGCACUGCCCAAUGUCAUCAGGUUCUGUUGCUGUGCCGCUAUGAUUUAUUUAGGCUAUUGCUUCUGUGGAUGGAUUGUGCUGGGGCCUUACCAUGAUAAGUUCCGUUCUCUGAACAUGGUCUCUGAGUGCCUUUUCUCUCUGAUAAAUGGAGAUGAUAUGUUUGCCACAUUUGCAAAAAUGCAACAAAAAAGUUACUUGGUCUGGUUGUUUAGCAGAAUUUACCUCUACUCAUUUAUCAGCCUAUUUAUAUAUAUGAUUUUAAGUCUUUUCAUUGCGCUGAUCACUGAUACAUAUGAAACAAUUAAGCAUUACCAACAAGAUGGCUUCCCAGAGACUGAACUUCGCACAUUUAUAGCAGAAUGCAAAGAUCUACCCAAUUCUGGAAAAUACAGAUUAGAAGACGACCCUCCGGUUUCAAUAUUCUGCUGUUGUAAAAAGUAGCUAUCAGGCUAAUCUGUGCUCUAGAGGGAUAUGUAAUAUAUAUCUGAGUUGAGAAACUAUGGAUAUUUUAAGAUCAGGUAUAGUAUGUUUGAAGACUAUUACUUUGAGCAAACCAAUAGCUCUAAUUCAUCAAGAA